AUGGCUCCGCUCAAGGUGCUCGUCACAGGGCCAGCGCAUUCACUCGACGCCUACUUCACGAAACUCGCAACCCUCCAGGCGAAACACGCCUUCGACCUCGUCCUCUCCCUCGACCUCUUCUCCCAUCUCGAACCCGCAUCCCGCGACAGCCAGCUCGAGCGACUCGUCAGGGGAGAGUACAGCGUACCCGUGCAGGUCUACGCAGCACAUGGCAGGGACCCGCUCCCGCCUCAGGUCAAGCAGCGCGUGGACAAGGGCGACGAGGUCUGCGCCAACCUCAACUUCCUCCCCAAGGCCGGGUUGCUCACCCUCGCCUCGGGUCUCCGCAUCGCAACCCUCUCUGGCACCUCCCCCUCCUCCGACUCUGGCUCUCCCAUCACAGACGCCGAGCUCUCCUCCCUCAUCGCCUCUCUCACGCCCCCUUCCUCCGCACCCGGCUCGUCUCUCCCCCCUCCUCCCCCAAAGCCCAUAGACCUCCUCCUCACACACCUCUGCCCCUCCUCCCUCCCCCUCCUCUCCUCCAAACCCCUCACCCCAUCCGACCCAUCCACCCCCUUCGCUCCCGAACUGGACGACCUCGCCAAGCGCGCUCGAGCGAGGUACCACUUCUUUGAUGCGCCCGGCGUCUUUUGGGAGCGCGAGGCGCUCGAGUGGCCCGUCGAGGAGGGCGUGAGCGCGGAGAAGAGUUAUUGUAGGGCGCUGGGGCUGGGAGCGAUGGGCAACAAGACGAAGGAGAGGUGGUUCUACGCCUUCUCCAUCACCCCCUCCAUCUCCCCAUCCCCUCCCACCUCCUCCACCCCCUCUCCGUUCCACACCUCCCUCCGCUCCGGCACCCUCUCACUCGCCUCCUCUCUCUCAGGCUCGAACGGUCCGCGCGGACUGAAGAGACCUGCGGGCGUGACGGAGGAAGAUGUGAAUGAGAUGGGCGUGCCGAAUUGGAUUUUUGAGGGCGUUGGUGGGAAGAAUGGAGCGGGAGGGGAGGGGAGGGAGAGGAAGAAGGGAAAGGGACCGCCGCCCGACCACUACACCUGCCGCAUCUGCGACCAGAAAGGUCACUGGAUCCAAGACUGCCCCGAGAAGGAAGCGAGGGACGCCGAGCGCGCCGCGAGUCGCGCGCACAAAGGUCCCGCCAAGCCGAUUUCGCCCGAUGAAUGCUGGUUCUGCCUCUCGAACCCGAAGGUUACGAAGCACCUCAUCGCCAGCAUCGGGAACGAGGUCUACCUCACGCUCCCCAAGGGUCAGGUCACCUCGACCGACUCGAGUCCGGUCCCGGGAGGCGGGCACGUCUUGUUGAUCCCGAUCGCGCACUACCCCACCCUCCGCUCAAUCCCCGCCGACCUCGCCCCUCCGAUCCUCGAAGAAAUCGAGCUGUACAAGCAGGCGCUCAAGAAGUGCUACAAGUCGUUCGGGGCCGAGAUGGUUGCGUUUGAGGUUGCGAGGAGUGCGGGGAAGGGAGGGCAUGCGCAUGUGCAGAUCUGUCCCAUCCCCUCCUCUCUCGCCUCCGAAGCCGAAUCGACCUUCCUCACGCAAGGCGCCAAAUUCAACUACGACUUUGAAGAGAUCGCCGAGCCUUCGACCUUCCACGCGCGCGCCGAACAGGACGGCAAGGGCACCGAGUACUUCAAGGUCGACUUGCCGGAUGGGAAGAGUCUGGUGCAUUGGUUGAAGCCCGGGACGCCGUUCUCGUUGCAAUUCGGUCGCGAGACCCUCGCCCUCCUCCUUCACGCGCCCGACCGCGCCGAUUGGAAACGCUGCGCCAAGCCCGACGACGAGGAGAAGAAGGACGGGCAGAGGUUCAAGAACUUGGCUUUCAAGGCGUUCGACCCGAGCACUUGA